AUGAAAUAGCUUCAGAACAGUCCUAUAGAAACAGAAUAGAAUAUUUCAACAAAGAAUAAUAAUAGACAGUCUCAAAAUCUGCUUUUUAAAAAUGUGCCUUCUUUUAUCAUUAAUGGGCACAAGGGGGAAGAUUAAGAUAUUUAAGCAGAUGAUUAAGAGUCAGUAAACUUAACAGAAAAUCCAUUAAACGCUAUGGAUAACUCAGAAAUUUUUCGGAAAUCAGUUAAAAGAUCUCCUAGCCCUAGAAAACCUAUAAAACCUUAAUUAUUUUAAAACGAAUAGAACAACCCUGAAAACAUAUUCACAAAAAAAUCACAAAACAAUAUAUUGUAUCAGUAAAAUAGUUAAAAUAAAAUGGAAGAAAGUUUAAAAUACCCUUUAUAGAUGGAAGAUAAAUUAGCUUAGCUUAGCUUUAAUGGGUGUAAUUAUAACUCUUAAACUAUGGGAACAGGAUAGUUGAUUAAGUAAUAAUCAAAAUAUUUAGAAUGCUAAAGUCCUUAGCUAUCAAUUAAAUAUGAUCAUAGAAAGUCAAAUGAUGCAAAUGCUAUAAGCCCAUUAAAAGAAAGUACUUUUGCUCAAAAUAGGCCGCGGUCAAUCACAGAUUUCACAAAUCCUAAGGCAAAAAAAAGACUAACUCAAGUAAUAAAAAGUUAAAUAGUCGAGUAAUUAUAAGUUAAACAAUAAGAAGAUUUUGAGAAAGGAAAUAAAAUUAUUAUGAAGGUACUUAAAAACUCUUUAGAUAGGAUGCAAAGAAUAGAACUUCAGUUUAAAGAAUUCAUAUAUAAAAUUCUCCAUAAUUCUCAAGUAAGGAAUCUCACUCACUUGAAGAUAGAAGCAUAUGACUUAAUAAAAGAUAAAGCUUUUUUUUUCAAAUAAAAGCAAAAGCAAAAGCAGCACUCCAAAUUCAUUUUACUCCUUAAUCGAAUUUUUAAAAAAACUAAGCGUUGGUCUAUUUUAAAAGUAUUUAUGCCAACCUCCUCGUACAGAUUAAUUUGGGAUGCUAUUUAGAUUAUUUUCACAGUGUUAUUUCUUUUUUUCUACUCUAUUUUAAUAUUCUUUGGGUAGGAAAUACAAACUAGCUAAAAACCUAUCUAAGAAUUCUUUUAACUAGCACUUUACCUUUUUAUUGGUGAUAUUGUAGUCAAUUUAAACACUGCAUAUUUUAAUAAGGAUUUAAUAGUUUUAGACAGAAAGCUCAUUGCAAAAAAAUAUUUUAAGUCACUAUUUGUAACAGAUACUAUAUGCGUUAUUAUGCUAAUUUUUAAAAUUAUUUUUACUUCAAGUAAUAUCUCUCCAGGAGUUGAUGACUAAUUUAUUUCUUAAUUUAAAAAUGCCCUAGUAUUUUCAAAAAUAUUUGGUUUAAAGUAAAAGAGUCACAUGUUAUAAAGUGUUUCUGCCCUUAAAGACUCCUAAAAGCACUUGCUUAGACUUGUAAACAAUAUUCUACUUGUCGUCUUAGCUGCUCAUAUUGUGAGUAUUCUGUGGUAUUAAUUAGCUUUAAUUGAGGGAUAUUAUAAUUUUUAAGUUACUUGGAUUACAAAAAUUUAAAUUUAAAAUGAAGAUUGGUACACAAAAUAUAUUUAUUCAUUGUAUUGGUCAGUAACUACUAUGACUACAGUUGGCUAUGGAGAUAUAUCAGCUUGUAAUUAUAUUGAGGCUUUAUUUGUUUCAAUUAUGAUGAUAUUUAUGAGUUGUGUUUUUGCUUACUCUAUCAAUAAUAUUGGUAUCAUACUAUAAGCUAUUGAAAGAGACACUUAAGAACUAACUGAUAACGUUGCAACUAUUUAAAGAUAUUUGAAUAGAAAAAACGUUAAUGUUGAAUUAAAGAGUCGUAUCAGACAUUAUUUAUAUUUUUUGGCUGAAGAAUAAAAAGAUAGAAAUAAAGAAAUAGAAGAUAAGGUUUUUAACAAGUUAUCUAAUAAACUAAGGGAGGAAGUGACUAAUGAGGUCAACAGUAGAGUUUUAAAAAAGUAUUUGAUAUUCACUAAAUAAUUUUCAAAUGAGACGAUUAAUAGAAUCGUAAUGAUUAUGAAAGAAGUGCUUGUUUCUCCUAAUGAAAUUAUUUUUAAAGAAAAUUAAGUCGAUGACUGUGCGCUCUAUCUUAUAGAAAACGGAAUAGUAGAAAUUUAAAACUAAAAGUAAGGUUCAGAAAGUUCAAUUGUUAUUAACACUUUAACUUAAAAUCAACUAUUUGGGGAAAUAUCUUUAUUUUCGGGUUUAAGUAGAACUGCAACCGCAAGAAGUGUGAACUUAUCAACUCUGUACAAAAUAUCUAGACAAGAUUUAAUUGACGUGUUAAAAUAAAAUGAUGAGGAUUUUUAAAGAUUUAAAAUGAUAAAUGAGUAGAUUAUUUUUUAUAAAGACUAUUCUUCUUUAGGUCUUGAAUGUUACACAUGCAAAAAGUAAGGACAUAUAGCUUCUUUGUGUCAACUAACUCAUCUUAACAGAGAUAGAUAGUUUGUAGCAUUAAAAUAUUCAUUUUCUCUAUUUUAACCAAGAGAAAAAAGCGAGAGAAGAAAAGCAAAAUAGAAACUUGUCAUUUUAAACAAAAAAGAGUACUUAGAAAUCAAAAAAAGGUUAUUUUCAGAUUAGAGUGAUGACGAUGAUGAAGAAGAGAGUUCAUUUGAAACAAGGUAUGAUGGAGUUAAUUAAUAUUAAGAUGAAGAAGAUGAUUCAAAUUCUUUUGAUAAGACAAGUGUCACUAAGUCUGAGUUUUGCAAUGUGGAAUAUAUCUUAGAUGAUGAAAGUUUUUAGGAGAAAAAUAUCAUUUAGUAGAGAAGUAGAAUGCUUAAUUUAGAUGACAUCGAUCGAAGAAAUUCAGAAUUAGCUGUCUCAAGAGAUUUGGAAAAUUCUAUGAUACAGUCCAAAAAUGCUCAAAAGAAAAGAUAAACCAUAAAAUAAACUUCUAAAGAAACUAAUAAAGAACCUGUUAAAGAAAUUCUCGAUGAACUCAAUGAGAAACAAGAAAAAAAAUUAUUGAAUAAAAUUAAUAAAAAAGUGAAUAAAAAAAUAGAUAAACUAGCAUAAAAGGUAGAAAUUCGUCUAUCUUUAAUAGAAAACAGCAGUAUUUAAUUACCAAUUGAGGCAGUUCAAUCUAGUAGAAAUAAUUAUAAAAAGAGAUAUACGAGUAAAUCUGAAAGAGAUACAGCUUCUAUUGAGUGUCAUUUGAUUGAUUAAAGAAAGGACAGUGAUCUCGAUAUAAACACAAAAAAUCUAAAUAUCACAAAAACAAUUGAUUAUGAUAAUAAUGAACAUAAUAUUUCAUCCAUAAAUUGUGCUGAUUUAGAUAAACGUAGUGAUAGGAGUAUUUCUACUAAAAGUAAAAAUUUUAACAUCAGAUUCUCUAGAAUUUAAAACAAUGAUAAUAAUAAUAAUAUCUUUAGUGAGAGGGAAGAUUCAAAAAUAAACAGAAAUAAUAAUAAAGAAAAAAAAUCGAUAAUUGUUAAUAAUCUCAACGACUAAUAUAUGUAGCACCUGUCCCCGUACCAGCAAGUUUAAUAAUAAGGAGAAAAAAUAAGCUAAAUUAAUUCAAACUAGCAUAACGACUAUCAAUAUUAACAAAUCAACUAAUAAUUAUUUUAGACUUAAAACGAUAAAGAAGGCAAUAUUAUGGAUAAUUUUGAUAUCUAGAAGGAAUAUUCAAAGUUUUUUCCCCAUAAUAAUUUAUCAAAAAUUUUGGAUAAACUCAAGUUCUCUCUUAAUCAAAGAAAAAAUAAAGCAAAGGCUUAAAACAUGAACAAGUUUAAUCGCAUUAUUAACGAUAUUAAAGUUGUCAAAGCAGUAAGAAGAUUAAACUUAAUAGUAACUGAAGACUAUAAGCAUAACUUGCUUAUAGAAUAUAAUCCUACGUGUGUUGCUUAUGGAAUUGGGGCCAGAGCCAAUAAUAAUUAAUUACCUGUUAGGAAAAGCCAAGAAAAGUCAAUAUUUGAUAUAGCAUGA